AUGUGGUUCCUUAUACAAUGGAUUCAUAUUUGCCUAUUAGUACAAUUUAAUUCAGAUGCUGUUAAAGUUGUUCAUCCACCAACAUUUAUCAAGAUGCCACCGUCUAUAGCUUAUAUUAAUCCAGAAGAACCUUUAUUAAUUCCUUGUUAUGCAAAAGCCAAUCCAGAACCAAGAUAUUAUUGGACAUUGAAUGGAAAGCAUGCCUAUUGGAUAAAGCCAUACAAUACAACCGUAUCACAGGAACUAUCACAUUCAACUGAUAUUACAUUAAUGAGUAAACAAGGAAAUACUGAGUAUCAACUACAUUCAAAUGAUUCACAUACUUUAUAUACCAUAGAUGAAUCAGGUUUAUGGUAUUUUGGUGUACAAAAAAUAUCAAAUUAUUUGAAAGCUGGACUUUAUCAAUGUAUUGCUAUUAAUCCAUUUGGUAAAGCAUUAUCAAUUCCAUUGAAAUUAGAAGUAGCAAGAAUUGGCACAUUCCAUGAUCUUAAUCCUAAAUUCAUUUAUAUAAAACCAAAUGAAACAAAAAUUUUAAAUUGUUCCACAACAAAAAGUAUACCAACUGCUAAAGUUCAAUGGAUGAUUAAAGAUGAUGAAGAUAGUUUAAUUAAUUUCGUACAUGAAGAUCGUAAUCAUAUUAUCGAUGAUGAUGGUAAUUUACAUUUAUUAAAUAUGAACCCAAUCCCUUAUAGAAAUCUUACUUAUACAUGUGUUAUACAUAAUCUCAUUCUACAUACUAUGAAAACUGGUCCUGAUAUAAAACUUUUAUUUCAUUCGAAUGCCUUAGCAACAACAACAACAACACCACCACCAACAUCAAUUCAAACUAUUAAUGAAUUACCAAAAAAAAUUCAAGUUUUAUAUCAUUCCCCUAGUAACCAAAUUGUUUUAUUGAAUCAAUCAUUAUCUCUAAAAUGUAUAAUGUAUGGAUAUCCUUUACCUAAAAUACAUUGGGAAUUUAUGACGGAUUCUAUGGAUACAGAUGGAAAUGAUCAUCAAUAUAAAGAUGUGAAAUCGCUUCCAGAAAAGUAUGGAAUCAAAUUAAAAAAUCAUGGAAUGGAAUUAUAUAUACCAACAGUUCAAAUGAUUCAUCAUGGUAGUUAUCGAUGUAGUGGAAUAAAUUUAGAUUAUAUGAUUCCAACUGAUGAUCCAUAUGUUAUAUUCAAUGUAACUGUUGAAAGUAAACCCCAUUUUGCUGAAUAUCCUAAAAAUACUAUUUUACCAGAAAAUAGUAGUAUUGUACUACGGUGUAGUAUUAAUGAAGAAAUUACAAAACCAUCAGCAACAUUAAAUUGGUUAGUUAAUGGUGAACCAGUUGAAAGAUAUUUAAAUGGUUUACGUAAAGUUAUUCGGAAUAAUGUUUUAUAUUUAUACAAUUUAACUAUAAAAGAUUCAGCAGUUUUUCAAUGUAUCCUACAUAAUCUACAUGGUAUCAAUAUUAUUAAUGCUUAUAUACAUGUAUGGAAUCAACCACCAGCAUUUAUUAAUGUUAUCCAUGGAAUACAAUAUAUAAUUGAAGGUCAACAAAUACUAUUACCAUGUGAAACAUUUGGUGCACCUCAAGCGGAAGUCAAUUGGUUCUUCAAUGAGAAACAAUUGAAUACAUUUAAGAAUCUUAUGAAAGAUGAUUAUAUCAUAGAAAAGAAUGGUAAUCUUCAUAUUAUUAGUGCUAAAUUAUCCCAUAAUGGUACAUAUUUAUGUAAAGCAUCAAAUAUAUUUGGUAUAUCACAAUCAACUGGGAUAUUAUUCAUUAGAAAACAGACACGUAUUAUAUCUGGUCCAUUAAUUGAACGAAAUGUCAAUACUACUACUAAUAAUACUACUACUAAUACUACUACUACUACUACUCAUAGUAAUAAGAGAAUAAAUAUGAAGUAUCUUAUAGAAGGAUCAAACAUUCAAUUGGCUUGUAAAGUUGAAACUGAUCCAUUACAUGAAGAUCAAUUGACAAUAGUAUGGAGAAAAGAUAAUUUAACUCUUCAAGAUGCUUUUGAACAUAGUGAUCGUCUUAAUAUUACAUCAUCAAAUAAUGAAAGUCUAUUGAUUGUAAACUUGAUAUCAAGUGAUACUGGAAUCUAUACAUGUAUAGCUAGUACAAAGUUGGAUAGUGUCAAUUCUUCCAUUCAUCUUAUAGUUCAAGGUCGUCCAAAACCACCAAAAUCUUUGAAAUUAUUAUGUAAUUAUCAUAAUCCAUUAUAUCCAUAUAUUAUGUUAACAUGGGAAUAUGAUGAAACUAUUUAUUCACCAAUUCAUAAAGUAUUAAUUACUUAUAUUACAGGAUUUUAUCGUCCUAUUGAAGGUUAUUCAUCAUUAAAACAUAAUAACAAAGAUAAUUUUAAAUUUAUCGAUUAUCGAUAUUUCAAUCAAUCAAUCAAUAAUCAUAAGAAUGAUCUUUAUUGGUUUAAUCAAACAACAUUCAAUAUAGCUCAAUCAAUGAUAAAACAAUCAAUAAUUAAUAAUCAAUGGAAUACAAUAGAUCUUAUACCAGAAAUCAAUAUUAUGAAUUAUUUAAAACAUAAAAAUCAAUUAAUCAAUAAUCAUACUAUUCAUAAUACUACUAAUUAUAGGAAUACUACUACUAAUAAUAGUAAUAUAAUAAAUCUAUUAAAUAUACCAUUCUAUCAUUAUAAACGUGCAUUUCUAUCUAUCCAUUCUGAUGUUAUUUAUCAUUUUCGUAUUGAAUUAUUAAAUCAUAUAGGUAAAUCGUUGCCUAGUGAUAUUAUACCAAAAUUAAAUAGUAAACAAAAUGAAUUAUGUAUCUUUCCACCGAAACCAUUAAUGAUUAAUUCAGAUUAUUUAAUAGUAUAUGGUAAUAAACCAAAUAAUUUAAUUAUACAAUGGAAGCCCAUAGAUCCUAUUGAACAUAAUGGUCCAGGUUUAAUUUAUCGUUUAACUAUUAAUUGUUUGGAUUGUAUUAAUGGUCCUACAAAAAAUGUAUUAAAUUAUACAAUAGUUAAUAAUUGGUCUAAAGAUCGAAUAGAAUUAACGAAUUUAAUAACACCACGUUUAACACCUAAAACUGAUGAUCAAAAUCAAAUAGAUAUAUGGAAUAUAGAAACAUUUCGUACAUAUCAGGUUACUUUACAAGCUGAAAAUGAUUUAGGUUCAUCUGGUACAAAACCAUUAGUAUUUACUGGUCGUUCCGGUGAAGAUAUUCCACAAUUGAUUCCAAUUGAAUUAAGAAUUCUUCAUAUUAAUUCUAAAAAUAUAACAUUUAGUUGGAAAAUGAUAAAUGAUUCUGAUUUCUCCAUAAAAAUGAAUGGUAUAUUUCAAGGAUUUCGAAUUGAAUGGUGUAAUGCUGAUUUAUCAAAUGAUUCAUGUGAAUUUUAUAAAAAAUCACAGGAUUACAUUCUUGAACAACCUCCAUCUUGGUCAUUUCCAAAUUUACGUCAAAUGUCAUCUCAAAUAUUCUUAGAUAAUCAACCCAAUGAUGUAAUAGAUAUUAAAAGUACCUCGGUAACUAUGUCUUCUACAACUAUUGAUCAUUCAAAUAUUCAAUAUGAAAAUGACUGUUAUAUAGUUCAUUUAAAUGAAUUACCUGGUAAAACGAAAUUAAAAAUAUGGGUUCGUAUACUUAAUAUACAAUAUGCUGGACCAGAAAGUGAUGUAUUAAUUGUUGAAACUAAAGAAGGUGUACCAGAGAAAGUAUCUGAAUUAACGAUUACAUUUAUUGGUGUUAAUCAUAUUGAAGUGUCAUGGAUUAAGCCAAUGAUAAUAAAUGGAAAUUUAAUAUCAUAUGAUUUAGAAAUAUAUUUAAAUAAUUUUAUGAAUACAACGGAAAUCUUUUCAUUACAUAAUUCACAACUGAUCACUUCUAUAACCAUUGAAGAUCCAGAACAAUGUGCAACACGUAUAUCAGGUUUAAAAAUGAAUACUCAUUAUUUAUUAUGUAUAUGGGCUAAAACAUCAGUUGGACGUGGUGAACCGAAUUUUGUUAAUUUUCGUACAGCAACACUUAGUCAUGAUUAUGGUUAUAUCCCUUUUACAAUCAGUUCCAUUCAAGAUCAUGUGAAUUCAAUAAAUUUAACAUUGAAAACAUCUUUCUCUUCAUUAAACAAUGAUUUAAGCAAAUCAGACAUGGUUAAUGAUAGUACAGAUCCUUCUACUACUUUUUCUGCUUCGACUUCUUCUUCGCCAACUCUAUUCACAACUGAACAAAGUACUAACAUCUCUAAUAUAAACAAUAUUGAACAGAUUGAGAAAUUGAAUCAUCAAUUUAUGUUUUAUGUACAAUUUCGUCAAUUAGGUACAGAGAUAUGGGAAGAAACUCAAAGAGAAUUACAUAAUUCAUGGAUUGUUUUAAACAAUUUAAAUAAAGAUUCACAAUAUGAAAUCAGAAUUGUAUAUAUUCCUAAUAAUGGUCAAUCAAUUGUUAGUCAUACAAGAAUUAUCCAUAUCCCAAUCAAUAAUCAAUAUACAAUAAUCAAUAAUCAAUGGAAAUUAUUAUUUAAAAAUAAUCAAUAUUUUAUUAUUAUUAUGAUUUUAUGUUGUUUAUUUUUAUUAAUUAGUUUAAUUAGUUGUAGUUGUUUACUUAUUUAUUAUUGGUCAAAACAUAAACAAUCAAUAAGAUUAAAGAAAAUAUCUGAUUCAUUACAUAAUCGAUAUAAUAAUAAUAAUAAUAAUCAUAAUAAUAUUGAUUAUUUACAUUCAUUUCAUUGUCAACAAUUAAAACCCUAUAAUAAUAUACAAUAUGAGUUACCUAUUGAACAACAACAACAACAAUCACCACAGCAACAACUACCACCACCCUUAUCACAGCAACAACAAUCAAUGGAACCAUAUCUAAAUUGGAAAAUCAAUAAUCAAUUCUCAUCAAAUUAUAUAGAUAAUAUAACUGAUCAUUCGAUGAUGAUGUUGAUGACGCCAACGUCGACGACAACAACAAUGAUGAAUAAUCGUAAUGAUGAUUCAAUAUAUCAAUUCAAUACAUCAUGUAUAUGUCAAUACAAUCAUAAUAAUACUAUAACAACUACUAAUAAUACUACUGAUUUAUUAAAUCAAUCAUUAAUAACAACUUGUAAUUCACCUUUUAUAAAUAAUAAUUGUAUAACAUUUUUAAAAUUACCACAAUCACAAACAAAUUCAUUUACGGAAGACAAUUUUUUUAAUUCAUUAAUUAAUAUAGAUACUACUUAUAAUACUACUUAUACUACUACUAUUACCAAUACUACUACUACUACUAAUACUACUAAUAACAGUAAUAAUAAUACUGAAAGUAAUCAACAUACAUAUAUAAGUAGUUUAUUAAGUAGAGUAUGAAUGUUCAUUAUAAACAUCUUUAUAGGGUGAAUAGUAUAAUUUUUUUUAAAUUAUUUUUUACAAUUUUUAUAUAUAAGUAGUAUAUUAAGAUUUCAAUUUUUUUUUAAAAAAAUUGUACAAUGAAAAUAAUACAUUUUUAAUAUUACAUAAAUGA